CCACAGGAACCACCACCACUCCGACUACCACCGCCAGUAGCACCACGGUAACCACCACCACAUCGGAAACCACCAGCACUCCGACUCCCACUGGAAGAACCACCACGACCACCGAAUCCACCACCUCCCCGACUACCACUGCCAGUAGCACCAUGGGAACCACCACCACCUCAGGAACCACCACCACUCCGACUCCCACUGCCAGUAGCACCACGGGAACCACCAUCACCUCUGGUAGCACCACCACUCCGACUCCCACUGCGAGUAGCACCACGGGAACCACCGCCACCACAGGAACCACCACCAAUCCGUCUCCCACCUCCAGUAGCACCACGGGAACCACAACCACCACAGGAACCACCAACACUCCGACUCCCACGGCGAGUAGCACCACGGGAACCACCACCUCCACCGGAAGCACCACCACUCUGACUCCCACUACCAGUAGCACUACAGAAACCACCACCACCACAGGAACCACCACCUCUCCGACUACCACCCCCAGUAGCACCACGGUAACAACUUCCACAUCAGGAACCACCACCACUCCGUCUCCCACUGCCAGUGGCACCACGGGAACCACCACCACCAGAGGAACCACAACCACUCCGUCUCCCACUGCCAGUAGCACCACAGAAACCACCAGCACCACCACCACAGGAACCACCACCACUCUGACUACCACCGCCAGUAGCACCACGGUAACCACCACCACAUCGGAAACCACCACCACUCCGACUCCCACUGGAAGCACCACCACGACCACCGAAACCACCACCUCUCCGACUACCACUGCCAGUAGCACCACGGGAACCACCACCACCUCAGCAACCACCACCACUCCGACUCCCACUGCCAGUAGCACCACGGGAACCACCACCACCUCUGGUAGCACCACCACUCCGACUCCCACUGCGAGUAGCACCACGGGAACCACCGCCACCACAGGAACCAACACGACUCCGUCUCCCACCUCCAGCAGCACCACGGGAACCACCGCCACCACAGGAACCAACACGACUCCGUCUCCCACCUCCAGUAGCACCACGGGAACCACCACCUCCACCGGAAGCACCACCGCUCUGACUCCCACUACCAGUAGCACCACAGAAACCUCCACCACCACGGGAACCAACACCUCUCCGAUUACCACCCCCACCACCACAGGAACCACCACCACCUCAGGAACCACCACCUCUCCGACUCCCACUGCCGGUAGCACCACGGGAACCACCACCACCUCAGGAACCACCACCUCUCUGACUCCCACUGCCAGUAGCACCUCGGGAAUCACCACCACCACAGGAACCACCACAACCACAGGAACCACCACCACUCCGACUCCCACUGCGAGUAGCACCACGGGAACCACCACCACCACGGGAACCACCACCACCACGGGAACCACCACCACCUCAGGAACCACCACCACUCCGACUCCCUCUGCCAGUGGCACCACGGGAACCACCACCACCACAGGAACCACCACCGCUCCGACUACCACUGCCAGUAGCACCACGUUUACCACCACCACAUCAGUAACCACCACCACUCCGACUCCCACUGCCAGUAGCACCACAGAAACCACCAGCACCCCCAUCACAGGAACCACCACCACUCCGACUACCACUGCCAGUAGCACCACAGAAACCACCACCACCACCGGAACCACCACCUCUCCGACUACCACUGCCAGAACCACCACGAACACCAGAAGCACCACCACUCCGACUACCACUGCCAGUAGCACCACAGAAACCACCAGCAUCACCACCACAGGAACCACCACCACUCUGACUCCCACUGCCAGUAGCACCACAGGAACCACCACCACUCCGACUACCACCGCCAGUAGCACCACGGGAACCACCGCCACCACAGGAACCACCACCAAUCCGUCUCCCACCUCCAGUAGCACCACGGGAACCACCACCACCACAGGAACCACCACCACUCCGACUCCCAUGGCGAGUAGCACCACGGGAACCACCACCUCCACCGGAAGCACCACCACUCCGACUCCCACUACCAGUAGCACCACAGAAACCACCACAACCACAGGAACCACCACCUCUCCGACUACCACCCCCAGUAGCACCACGGUAACAACUUCCACAUCAGGAACCACCACCACUCCGACUACCACUGUCAGUAGCACCACGGGAACCACCACCACCACAGGAACCACCACCACUCCGUCUCCCACUGCCAGUAGCACCAGCGCAACCACCAGCACCACCACCACUCCGACUACCACUGCCAGUAGCACCACGGUAACCACCACCACAUCAGAAACCACCACCACUCCGACUCCCACUGGAAGCACCACCACAACCACCGAAACCACCACCACUCCGACUACCACUGCCAGUAGCACCACGGGAAAGACCACAACCACCGAAACCACCACCACUCCGACUACCACUGCCAGUAGCACCACAGAAACCACCACCACCACCGGAACCACCACCUCUCCGACUACCACUGCCAGUAGCACCACGGUAACCACCACCACAUCAGGAACCACCACUACUCCGACUACCACUGCCAGUAGCACCAUGGUUACCACACCCACAUCAGGAACCACCACUACUCCGACUACCACUGCCAGUAGCACCAUGGUAACCACCACCACCACAGGAACAAACACCACUCCGACUCCCACUGCCAGUAGCACCACGGGAACCACCACCACAUCAGGAACCACCACCACUCCGACUACCACUGCCAGUAGCACCAUGGUAACCACCACCACCACAGGAACCACCACCUCUCCGACUACCACUGCCAGUAGCACCACGGUUACCACACCCACAUCGGGAACCACCGCUACUCCGACUACCACUGCCAGUAGCACCACGGUUACCACACCCACAUCGGGAACCACUGCUACUCCGACUACCACUGCCAGUAGCACCAUGGUAACCACCACCACCACAGGAACAAACAACACUCCGACUCCCACUGCCAUUAGCACCACGGGAACCACCACCACUCCGACACCCACUACCAGUAGCACCACAGAAACCACCAGCACCACCAUCACAGGAACCACCACAUCUCCGCCUCCGACAUCCAGUAGCACCACAGGAACCACCACGAACACUGGAAGCACCACCACUCCGACUACCACUGCCAGUAGCACCACAGAAACCACCAGCAUCACCACCACAGGAACCACCACCACUCUGACUCCCACUGCCAGUAGCACCACAGGAACCACCACCACUCCGACUACCACCGCCAGUAGCACCACGGGAACCACCGCCACCACAGGAACCACCACCAAUCCGUCUCCCACCUCCAGUAGCACCACGGGAACCACCACCACCACAGAAACCACCACCACUCCGACUCCCAUGGCGAGUAGCACCACGGGAACCACCACCUCCACCGGAAGCACCACCACUCCGACUCCCACUACCAGUAGCACCACAGAAACCACCACAACCACAGGAACCACCACCUCUCCGACUACCACCCCCAGUAGCACCACGGUAACAACUUCCACAUCAGGAACCACCACCACUCCGACUACCACUGUCAGUAGCACCACGGGAACCACCACCACCACAGGAACCACCACCACUCCGUCUCCCACUGCCAGUAGCACCAGCGCAACCACCAGCACCACCACCACUCCGACUACCACCGCCAGUAGCACCACGGUAACCACCACCACAUCAGAAACCACCACCACUCCGACUCCCACUGGAAGCACCACCACGACCACCGAAACGACCACCUCUCCGACUACCACUGCCAGUAGCACCAUGGUAACCACCACCACAUCAGGAACCACCACCACUCCGACUACCACUGCCAGUAGCACCACGGUUACCACACCCACAUCGGGAACCACCGCUACUCCGACUACCACUGCCAGUAGCACCACGGUUACCACACCCACAUCGGGAACCACCGCUACUCUGACUACCACCGCCAGUAGCACCACGGGAACCACCGCCACCACAGGAACCACCACCAAUCCGUCUCCCACCUCCAGUAGCACCAUGGGAACCACCACCACCACAGAAACCACCACCACUCCGACUCCCAUGACAACCACAGGAACCACCACCUCUCCGACUACCACCCCCAGUAGCACCACGGUAAGCACUUCCACAUCAGGAACCACCACCACUCCGACUACCACUGCCAGUAGCACCACGACCACUCUGACUCCCACUGCCAGUAGCACCAGCGCAACCACCAGCACCACCACCACUCUGACUUCCACCGCCAGUAGCACCACGGUAACCACCACCACAUCAGAAACCACCACCACUCCGACUCCCACUGGAAGCACCACCACGACCACCGAAACGACCACCUCCCCGACUACCACUGCCAGUAGCACCACGGGAACCACCACAACCACCGAAACCACCACCACUCCGACUACCACUGCCAGUAGCACCAUGGGAACGACCGCCACCACAGGAACCACCACAUCUCCGACUACCACUGCCUGUAGCACCACGGGAACCACCACAACCACCGAAACCACCACCACUCCGACUACCACUGCCAGUAGCACCAUGGGAACGACCACCACCACAGGAACCACCACAUCUCCGACUACCACUGCCAGUAGCACCACGGGAACCACCACAACCACCGAAACCACCACCACUCCGACUACCACUGCCAGUAGCACCACAGAAACCACCACCACCACAGGAACCACCACCUCUCCGACUACCACUGCCAGUAGCACCACGGUAACCACCGCCACAUCAGGAACCACCACCACUCCGACUACCACUGCCAGUAGCACCACAGGAACCACCACCUCCACCGGAAGCACCACCACUCCGACUCCCACUACCAGUAGCACCACAGAAGCCACCACCACCACAGGAACCACCACCUCUCCGACUACCACCCCCAGUAGCACCACGGUAAGCACUUCCACAUCAGGAACCACCACCACUCCGACUACCACUGCCAGUAGCACCAUGGUUACCACACCCACAUCAGGAACCACCACUACUCCGACUACCACUGCCAGUAGCACCAUGAUAACCACCACCACCACAGGAACAAACACCACUCCGACUCCCACGGCCAGUAGCACCACAGGAACCACCACCACCACGGGAACGACCACCACCACCAGAAGCACCACCACUCCAACUACCACUGCCAGUAGCACCACAGAAACCACAACCACCACAGGAACCACCACCUCUCUGACUACCACUGCCAGUAGCACCACGGUAAGUAGCACCACGGGAACCACCACCACCACAGGAACCACCACCACUCCGACUACCACCGCCAGUAGCACCACGGUAACCACCACCACAUCGGAAACCACCAGCACUCCGACUCCCACUGGAAGAACCACCACGACCACCGAAUCCACCACCUCCCCGACUACCACUGCCAGUAGCACCAUGGGAACCACCACCACCUCAGGAACCACCACCACUCCGACUCCCACUGCCAGUAGCACCACGGGAACCACCAUCACCUCUGGUAGCACCACCACUCCGACUCCCACUGCGAGUAGCACCACGGGAACCACCGCCACCACAGGAACCACCACCAAUCCGUCUCCCACCUCCAGUAGCACCACGGGAACCACAACCACCACAGGAACCACCAACACUCCGACUCCCACGGCGAGUAGCACCACGGGAACCACCACCUCCACCGGAAGCACCACCACUCUGACUCCCACUACCAGUAGCACUACAGAAACCACCACCACCACAGGAACCACCACCUCUCCGACUACCACCCCCAGUAGCACCACGGUAACAACUUCCACAUCAGGAACCACCACCACUCCGUCUCCCACUGCCAGUGGCACCACGGGAACCACCACCACCAGAGGAACCACAACCACUCCGUCUCCCACUGCCAGUAGCACCACAGAAACCACCAGCACCACCACCACAGGAACCACCACCACUCUGACUACCACCGCCAGUAGCACCACGGUAACCACCACCACAUCGGAAACCACCACCACUCCGACUCCCACUGGAAGCACCACCACGACCACCGAAACCACCACCUCUCCGACUACCACUGCCAGUAGCACCACGGGAACCACCACCACCUCAGCAACCACCACCACUCCGACUCCCACUGCCAGUAGCACCACGGGAACCACCACCACCUCUGGUAGCACCACCACUCCGACUCCCACUGCGAGUAGCACCACGGGAACCACCGCCACCACAGGAACCAACACGACUCCGUCUCCCACCUCCAGCAGCACCACGGGAACCACCGCCACCACAGGAACCAACACGACUCCGUCUCCCACCUCCAGUAGCACCACGGGAACCACCACCUCCACCGGAAGCACCACCGCUCUGACUCCCACUACCAGUAGCACCACAGAAACCUCCACCACCACGGGAACCAACACCUCUCCGAUUACCACCCCCACCACCACAGGAACCACCACCACCUCAGGAACCACCACCUCUCCGACUCCCACUGCCGGUAGCACCACGGGAACCACCACCACCUCAGGAACCACCACCUCUCUGACUCCCACUGCCAGUAGCACCUCGGGAAUCACCACCACCACAGGAACCACCACAACCACAGGAACCACCACCACUCCGACUCCCACUGCGAGUAGCACCACGGGAACCACCACCACCACGGGAACCACCACCACCACGGGAACCACCACCACCUCAGGAACCACCACCACUCCGACUCCCUCUGCCAGUGGCACCACGGGAACCACCACCACCACAGGAACCACCACCGCUCCGACUACCACUGCCAGUAGCACCACGUUUACCACCACCACAUCAGUAACCACCACCACUCCGACUCCCACUGCCAGUAGCACCACAGAAACCACCAGCACCCCCAUCACAGGAACCACCACCACUCCGACUCCCACUGCCAGUAGCACCACAGAAACCACCAGCACCACCACCACAGGAACCACCACCGGUUCGACUCCCACUGCCUGUAGCACCAUAGUAACUACCACCACCACAGGAACAAAAACCACUCCUACUACCACGGCCAGUAGCACCACGGUAAAAACCACCACAUCAGGAACCACCACCAUUCCGACUCCCACUGCCAGUAGCACCACAGAAACCACCAGCACCACAAUCACAGGAACCACCACCACUCCGCCUCCGACAGCCAGUAGCACCACGGGAACCACCACGACCACCAGAAGCCCCACAACUCCGACUCCCACUGCCAGUAGCACCACAGAAACCACCAGCACAACCUUCACAGGAACCACCACCGGUCCGACUCCCACUGCCAGUAGCACCACAGUAACUACCACCACCACAGGAACAAAAACCACUCUGACUACCACGGCCAGUAGCACCACGGUAAAAACCACCACAUCAGGAACCACCACCACUCCAACUCCCUCUGCCAGUAGAAACACCACCACUCCGACUCCCACUCCCAGUAGCACCACGACCACCUCCACUCCGACUCCCACUGUUAGUAGCACCACGGGAACCACCACCUCCACUGGAAGCACCACCACUCCAACUCCCACUGCCAGUAGCACAUCGGGAACCACCACCACCACGGGAACCACCACCACCACAGGAACCACCACCACUCUGACUCCCACUGCGAGUAGCACCACAGGAACCACCACCACAUCAGGAACCACCACCACUCCGACUCCCACUGCCAGUAGCACCACGGUUACCACCACCACAUCAGGAACCACCACCACUCCGACUCCCACUGCCAGUAGCACCACAGAAACCACCAGCACCACCACCACAGGAACCACCACCGGUCCGACUCCCACUGCCAGUAGCACCACAGUAACUACCACCACCACAGGAACAAAAACCACUCCGACUACCACGGCCAGUAGCACCACAGAAACCACCAGCACCACAAUCACAGGAACCACCACCACUCCACCUCCGACAGCCAGUAGCACCACGGGAUCCACCACGACCACCGGAAGCACCAUGGCUCCAACUCCCACCUCCAGUAGCACCACUGGAACCACCACAACCACAGGAACCACCUCCACUCCGACUCCCACUGCGAGUAGCACCACUGGAACCACCACCUCCACCGGAAGCACAACCACUCUGACUCCCAGUGCCAGUAGCACCACGGGAACCACCACGAUCACUGAAACCACCACCUCUCUGACUGCCACUGCCAGUAGCACCACGGGAGCCUCCACCACAUCAGGAACCACCACCACUCCGACUCCCACUGCCAGUAGCACCACCGGAACCACCACCUCCACCGGAAGCACAACCACUCCGACACCCACUGCCAGUAGCACCACAGAAACCACCACCACCACAGGAACCACCACCUCUCCGACUACCACUGCCAGUAGCACCACGGUAACCACCACCACAUCAGGAACCACCACCACUCCGACUACCACUUCCAGUAGCACCACGUUUACCACCACCACAUCAGGAACCACCACCACUCCGACUCCCACUGCCAGUAGCACCACAGAAACCACCAGCACCACCACCACAGGAACCACCACCGGUCCGACUCCCACUGCCAGUAGCACCACGGGAACCACCACCACCGUAGGAACCACCACCACUCCGACUCCCACUGCCAGUAGCAGCACGGGAACCACCGCCACCACAGAAACCACCACCACUACGACUCCCACUGCCAGUAGCACCACGGGUACCACCACCACCACAGGAACCACCACCACUCUGACUCCCACUGCCAGUAGCACCACAAGAACCACCACCACCACAGGGACCUGCUUAAAUGGAGGGACAUGGAACGGGCAGGCCUGUAUUUGCCCCAACGGCUUCCAAGGAGACCAGUGCCAGACCAAGGUCCCAAAGUGCUAUAAUGGCGGCUCGUGGGACGGAAUCAAGUGUGUGUGCACCAGCCUCUACCAGGGGCCGAAGUGCGAGGAGGUGGUCUCGAGCAUUGAGAUAAACUCUCCGCCGCAGACUGUCUCUGCCCAGAUGGAAAUGACCGUGACAGUGACAAGUAUGGAGUACUCCAAAGAUCUAGAAGACCGGGAUUCUGAAAAAUUCCAGAACUUCAGUGCGAUAUUCACAAAGGAGAUGGACAAAGUUUAUUCCGGAAUCCCUGAGUAUCAAGGGGUCAACAUCACAAAGCUGUCGGCCGGCAGUAUUGUGGUGGAACAUGAAGUCCUCCUGAAGACCAACUUCACCCCAGAAUACAAGGAAGUUUUCUCGAAGGUCACCGAGCAAGUGACGGAAAAAAUCCAGAAAGUAACCACGGAGCAAAUCAGCAGAAAUAAUAGCUGCUCAAGUAUACUGUGUUACAACAACACUGCCACCAAGGUGCAAAGUUUUAUAGUUGAUUACAACCCUGAAAAGGAAUGCCAGGAGAGGGCUGGGAAAGACUACGCCGCCUACUUCUUCCUGGCAUACAAGGAGGAGAAGCCGUACUGCAUCACCCGCUGCAUGCCCGGCUUCAACACCUCCCUGGACUGCAACUUCGGGAAGUGCCAGCUGGAGCGCAGCGGCCCUCGGUGCUUCUGCUUGACCACGGACACCCACUGGUACAGUGGGGAAACCUGUGAGUUCAGCACCCAGAAGAGCCUGGUGUACGGGCUCGUGGGGGCAGCCGGCGCCGUCCUGCUCCUCGUGCUGGGUGUUCUCUCCAUAUUCAUGUUCCGUUCCAAGAGGGAGCUGAGAAGGCAAAAGUCUAGAGUGUCUCAGUUGUACAUGUGGCAUGAAGAAGACGGACGGCCCACACCUGGAACCUUCCGAAACAUUGGCUUUGACAUCAAUGAAGAUCGAGACGACUCCGUGCACUUGGACUCCAUCUAUAGCAACUUCCAGCCCUCCCUGGACCACAUAGACUCGGAAACCCAGAUCAGAAUUCAGAGGCCUCAGGUGAUGAUGACGUCGAUUUAAGGCAGCUCCCACAUGGAGCUGUGGGGUGUGAGAGUGAGCAGAGCUCACUUUGGCCAAGCCUGGUGGAACUUUUCCCCAUUGAGAGCAUUCAUGGAACUGGAUGAAAAACAAAAGCCAUACCAAGGAGGAAGAGGGGAGAGUAUCGCGCUGGGAAACUCACAAACAGGAAACCAUGGAAACUCCGAUGGGCUUGUUAUGAUCUCAGGCGAGGCACCCCUCCUGCCCACCCCACUUCAGCACCAAGGACAGCGUCCAACCCACCCCUUACGUCAACGACAGCUCAAACACAGGACUCUACAUUAUACAGAAUGUCUUGUAGGAUUUAUUGUACUUCAUUUUCAUGGAAAAUGCUUUAAACCAUUCAGUUUCUUUGCAUAUAUAGGAUUAUAAGUAUUUUUAAAGUUCUAAUA